AUUUUUCUUUACUGAAGUUCUCCACAGAUUUUCAACGGGCUUUGUCAAAAACUACAUCAUCCAUUCAGCUGUGAGGAUUCAGAGAAGAUCAAUUUCUCAGAGAUUAUAAAAACAAUAGUCAAGAAUACAAUUUCCUGGGGACUGGGGUAUAUGAUUGUCUCCAGUGUCCUCAUAUCACUGGUGCACCCAGUUAUCAUCAGGAUAAGAAAUUAGGUUCAUGUGAGGACUGAGAUGUCUGACAGUUCAGAAAAGCAUGAAGAUUUGAGGAACUCCAUGGUAUUUGAAAAUGGGGGAAUCGACGGAAAUGAACAUGAAAUUGAAGUUACUGAGUCAACUCCAUAUCUAGGGGUUUCAUCUGAAGAUGUUGAUUCGGCAGCUGAGGAAGGACCAAAUGGUUUUGCUACUAACCACAGUAUUAAUGCUGGAGACGCUGAAACGCAACCACCAGCUACCAAAUUAGAUCAUCAGGAGAGUCUGAAGGAAGAUAUGUUUGUUGAUGCUUCAGAUGAGUUGGAUUUGGAUAAUAACAGGAAGAAUAUUGAUGUUGAACAAGAACGACCUGUUGUCUCCAUCAAUGAAACCCAGGACGAGAGUCAUCACAUCAUGGUGGAAGCAGAAGAGGAGAAAGUUGGUACAGAGGAAUCUGGUUCUUCGCCGAUGGAGGAUGGUGGACAAACUCCUGUAUUUGUUGAUGAGGUUUCACAACUUCGGGCAAUGUUGAAUAAAACUGUUGCUGAGAAAGACACAAUGGCGCAUGAGUAUAAGGUCGAAAGAAAUGGCUUCAUAAGAGAACUUUUUACACUUCGUCAGAAGCUUGAGGUUAUCACUAGUCAGCAUUCGCCAGUUGAGACUGGUGAAGGGCAAGCUGAGAAUCAUCAUCAGGAAGAAAAAGUGGAGGGGGUAAAAGGUAGUAGCGAUGAGUUGAUUUCUCCACUGCAGAGAAUGAUCAGUGACUGUUCCAGAUUAACCAUGCGUCUUGAAAGUGUUUUAAAUGAAAAGUUGCAGUCUGGGGAUGUGGUAAAACAACUCGAAACUGUUAUUUUCCAGAAGGAUCAAGAGAUUGAGGAUCUUAAUGCGAAAGUCAAUGACCUUUCGGUUUCCAAAAGUGCUGUUGAAUCUCACAUGGAAGCACUUCAACAGACGUUGAAAGAAUCAUCUGAAGUGCAUAAUGAGUCAAACCUACAUGCAGAGGUUGUAUUGAAGAGGUUAUUAGUUUCUGUUAGUGCAAUAGUCAAGCAAGAGGACUUGUUGGAUGAUUCUGCUAGUGACAAGUUAUCUCUUGUUGAAAGGGGAAUCUCUUUAAUGAUUGAGAACUAUAAUCAGUUUCUUGUUGAAAUUGAUGGUCUCAAACAAUGUUUGACUGAGGUUAGGUCGGAUUUCAAUGUACCGGAGGAAAAGGAUUUUGGGUUUGUUUUUGGUGUUGCCUGUGAAGAGCUUUUUUCCUGCAAAAGAAAGGAGGUUGAUUUUGUUGCAAAGUUAAAUCAACUAGAAGCUGAAAAUAACAAACUGAUGAAGGAACUAGACAAGGAGAAAGAGACGUUAGAAGUGGUGAAGGAAGAAGCCAUCAGAACCAAAGGGGAACUGGAGCAGGAAAAGGUUAGGUCUGCUAAUACAAAAGAAAAGCUUGGCAUGGCCGUCACAAAAGGUAAGGCACUGGUUCAGCAGAGGGAUUCACUGAAGCACUCAAUUGCUGAAAAGACAAAUGAACUUCAGGAAUGUUUGCAGAAAUUACAAGAGAAAUCUGAUUCCCUUGAGGCUGCUGCCGAGGAGUUGGUCAGAAGCCAAAUUUUGGCAGUCUCACUUCAGGAAUCAUUGGCUGAGAAGAUGAAUGAGCUUCAGGAUUGUUUGCACAGAUUACAAGAGAAAUCAAAUUCCCUAGAAGCUGCUGAAGGUACUUCCGAGGAGUUGGUGAGAAGCCAAAAUCUGACAGCUACACUCCAGGAAUUACUCUCCACGAAGGAAGCUAUUCUCAAGGAAAUUGAAGACAUCUUGCCUGAGGGUAUGCUUGCUGAACAUCAGUCCACGAAUAUACUAGAAAGAGUCAGAUGGCUUGUGGAUCAUAAGAAUAAAUUGGAUGAUAUCUCUUUUGAAUUUCACAAAGUGAAAGAUGUUUUAUCUGCAGCUAACCUGCCAGAAACAGUUCUCUCUUCCAACUUGGAUUCGCAGAUAAACUGGCUCAAGGAGUCAUUUUCACAAGCUAAAGUUGACAUAACAAAGUUGCAAGGUGAAGUUGCUAGUGCUUGGGUGUCUGUUGGCUUACAUGAAUCGGAGUUGGCUGAAGCACGUAAUGAGAUUGACCUACUGAGUGUGUCUCUUUCUGCAGAGAAAGAGGAGAAGGGUACUCUUCAAAUGGCAUUGUAUGACCUAUCUCGCAAAUAUGAAGCAGUUUCUGAAAAUGAGCACCGGGUUUCAUCUGAAAAGGAUGGACUAAUAAGAAAGUUUCUAGAGGCUUCUGAGAUGCAAAACCCGGAGGACUCUGAUCAAGCUGACAUUGCUAUGCUUGUAGAGAAGUGCAUUAAGAAGAUCAAGGAGCAAAACAGUACCACUUCGGAGGUUUCUCUUUUUGGCACAGAACAGUUUGAGAGAAUGCAGAGUUUACUGUAUAUACAGAAUCAGAAACUGGUGCUAUGUGAGAACAUAUUAGAAGAAGAGAUGGUGGAGAAAUCGAAACUGAUGAACUUGGCAAGCGAGUUAGAAAGAGUGUCUCGAGAAAGUGAUGCACUAAAGGAUGAAAAUAAGUCUCUGCAAAACGAUCUCGAGCGAGCUGAGGAUAAAACUGCUUUGGUUAGGGAAAAGCUAUCAAUGGCUGUGAAGAAAGGCAAGGGUAUGGUCCAAGAAAGGGAAAACCUGAAACGUUCUAUAGAUGAGAGGAAUAUCGAAAUUGAAAACCUCAAGCAAAAGUUGGAGCAGCAAGAGUCUGUUGUUUCUGAGUGCAGAGAUCAAAUUAAUAAACUUUCACCUGAUUUGGAAAGCAUGUCUAAUUUAGAAUCUGAUUUGGUGGCCAUGAAAGAGCAGAGAGAUCAAUUCCAGCAGUCCUUACAAGAGAGCAAUAAUACUUUGCAGAUAGUAGUUAAGUCAAUUGAUAUUGCCAUUACUGUUGAUGCAACUUUCGAGGAUCCUGUGGAAAAGGUGAAAUGGCUUUUGCAGUGUUAUCAUGAUUUUCAAGCUGCCAAGUCUCGUGCGGAACAAGAGUUAGAAACAGUAAACCAGGAAAACAUUUCAAUGUCCAGCAAAUUGGAAGAGGCAGAUGCAACUAUUAAAUCACUGGAAAAUGAAUUAUCGAAGUGUAGUGAAGAUCUCUCUCUUCUGACACAAGCAAAGCAAGACAUCGAAGUCAGCAAGGCCUAUGUUGAGGAGGAGUUAGAAAAAUCAAAAGAAGAGGCUGGACUUAAAGCUACAAAAUUCACAGAGGUUCUUGCCACUAUAAAGUCACUUGAAGAAGCAGAAUCAUCUGCCGAGAGAAGAAUUUCUGUUCUUGUUGAGGAGAAGGCUGCUGCAGGAAACGAGCUAGAGAAGGCAAAAUCAGGAGUAGAUUCUCAAGCUAGUGAGUUAGCAGAGGCGAACCGAAGUAUAAAAUCACUUGAAGAAGCAGUAUCAUCUGCCGAGAGAAGAAUUUCUAUUCUUGUUGAGGAGAAGGCUGCUGCAGAAAACGAGCUAGAGAAGGCAAAAGCAGGAGUAGAUUCUCAAGCUGGUGAGUUAGCAGAGGCGAAUCGAACUAUAAAAUCACUUGAAGAUGCUCUAUCUCGGGUGGAAAAGCAUGCCUCCGUGCUUUCUGAAGAACGGAACGAUUCCCAAGUUGCUAGAGAUCUCUUGGAGAAGGAGCUAGAGGAAGCAAAAACUGAAGCCAGCGUUCAAGCUAGCAAGGUAUCAGAUGCAUACACAACAAUAAAAUCUCUGGAAGAUGCAUUAGCAAAUGCAGAGAAUGACAUUGCGGUGCUUGUCAAUGAAAAGAGAAAUACUGAACAGGAAAUAGCAGCACUUAAUGCAAAGUUAAGUUCAUCCGUGGAAGAAUUGGCUGGAACUCGUGGAGCCUCCGAAGGGCAGUCUGUGGAGCUACUGGAGCACCUCAAUGAUCUAGAAAUGUUAAUGAAAGAUAGCACGCUGCUCUUUUUAUUAACACAAGGCUUUAAGAAAAAACUUGAGAGCCUAAGAGACAUGCACCUCCUUCUAGAAGGAAUACGAGAUCGGUUCGUUGAGGAAGGCUCGGGACUAUUGCCUGCUCAAGCUGGCACAGAGAAGGAUCAUCACCUGGAAAAUCUUUCUCCAACAGACCUUGAAAACUUUCAUAACGAUACAAUGCACAACAGUGAGGGUAGUGCUGCGGACUCUAAGAAUAUCUCCUCAUAUUUCAAAGAUAUCAUAGAAGGUUUCAAUAUGAAGAAUAAAUUGAUCAAAGAUAGUUUUGUAGGGUUUUCUGGUUCUAUGGAUGACUAUGUUGCAGUCCUCACCGAAGCAUUGCAGCAAACAAUGGAUGGAGUUGUUGCAACGCUUGAGACUAUGGAAUCUUUGAAGCAGCAGGUGAAAAACGUGGAAAUUCAUAACCAUGAGCAAGAGAGCGUGAUAGAUAAGUUUCAGAAUGAUGUGACUAUGAUGCUUUCUGCAUGCAAGGAUAUUGUUGAUGAGCUGAGAUUUGAAGAUGAAAAUUUGAACUCUAGCUUGUUCUCAGGUGAAAGGAAAGCUGGUGGUGAUGCAGUGGAAGAGCAACGGGCCUUACUUGGCACUCAAGGUGUUAAAGUGUUAGAGAAUGUUCUAAGUGCUACUAAAAAAUUUCAAAGUCAAAAUAAACAGUUGGAGAGCUUAAAUAGUGCAUGUGAGGUUACCAUUGAAGAUUUACAGACUGAAUUGGAAGGGACCAAAUUAAACCUUGAAAGUGUCACGCAAGAAAGGGAUCUUCAUCAAAGCAGAGCAUCUAAGUUGGAGACUGCUUUAGAAGAGUUGAAGAGUUCCUGCAACUCGAUGAAUCUUAAACUGGAUGAAUGUCUUGCCAUGGAAGAUGUAUUGAGGGAAAAAGAAGCAGAACUAUCGUCCUUGCACGUUUCUUUAGCAAGUAAAAGUCAAGAAAAAGAAGGCCGCCUUCUUUCAGAAGGCCAAAUUCAAACCCUUCUAGAGAAGAUAAAUGGAAUUGAGAUCCCUUUUAGGGUGUCAGAAUUGAAGAACACGAAAUCUUUUGUGGCAGAUCCUGUUCAGAAGCUCUUUUACGUUGUGGAUACAGUUGCACAGAUGCAACAUCAGCUUGAAUUAUCUGCUCAUGACAAGGAAGAACUGCAAUCUAGACUUUCAGAAAGUGUUCAGGAAAUUGAGCAUCUGAAAAAGGAAGCUGGAGAUAUUAUUAGCAUUAACCAAGAGCUAGAACAUUCAAAGAGUGACUUAGCUAAGUUAGCCUUUGAUUUGGAGAAAAUAAUUCAGAAAUUUGGAGGGGAUGAGUUAAUUAAAGAACAGAAAUCUGUUGCCGUAAGAAAUCUGUUGCCUGUUUUAGAAAAGCUGAUCAAAGAUCUAAUCCUAGAAUCUGAAAAUUCAAAGGCUAGAGCCCAGGAACUGGGUGUCGAAUUGCAUGGGAACAAAAAGUUUAUGGAUGAGCUGUCAGCAAAAGUUGCAUUACUUGAAGUUCCAGUUCGUAAGGGUCUGCCUCCAUCAGAUGCUGUCCAGGAUAGGAGCAUACUUGAAGGGCCUUCAUUGGCAUCUGGUUCAGAGAUAUCUGAAAUUGAAACCAUUGGUCCAGCUGGAAGGAACUCCACAUCCCCCGCUGCUUCUUCUUCUGCGGCUCAUGUGAGGUCCAUGAGGAAGGGAUCAAGUGACCAUCUUGCUCUAACUAUUGAUUCCGAAUCCGAUCGGCUACUCAACGUCCCUGAAACUGACGAUGAUAAAGGUCAUGUGUUCAAAUCAUUAAAUACAUCUGGCCUCGUCCCCAAACAAGGAAAGCUUUUAGCUGAUCGGAUCGACGGGAUCUGGGUAUCUGGAGGUCGAAUUUUGAUGAGUCGUCCCAGAGCAAGAAUAGGUGUCGUAGCUUACUGUCUGUUGUUGCAUAUUUGGUUGUUAGCCAACAUUUUGUGAUAGAAUCAUUCCAACAUCAAACGCUUCCACAAUUCUUUUACAUUACUGCAAGUUGUACUUGUAUUAUAGGUGUAAGUUGGCUCCGUCUUGUUUUCAUUUCUAUUUUUUUUUCUUUAUGAAUCUCCAGAACCACAUUUUAGAGUUCUGGAGAAUCCGAGCUUACAUACAAGUAGAAAUUGUCUUAAACUGUUCCACAUUUGAUCAUUGAAUUAUAAUUCAAAGGAAAUUUAUAUAGAAUGAGCUCUUGUACAA